UAGCGGAUCCAAUGAGGAUCCAUUUUACAUGAAUCGAUAUUGGAUGAACGCAAUUCGGCAGCGAAUCCGAAGAGCGCUUCAUUUUUGGUCGGAUUAUAUUCGAUUUGGUGGGUUGGAUAUGUGGGUCCGUCCGGACCGCAAGAAAGGUCGAACUUUUCACUGGCUCCGAUUCGACUCGGAUGAAGCCAGUCGGGAGAGCAAAAUCCGCGAGUCGAAGACUAGGGCGGAAGAGCAAAACGGGGGAGAAGAACGAGGGAAGCAUAGAGAUCAUUGAGCCGGCAGAGCAAUCGUCUCCUCUCGGUCCAUGACGUUCUUCCUCCUUCAACCGCCCUCGCGGCUUCCCCUCCCUCGAUUCCGUGCCCCCUUCUCUCGUCCGCCCUUUUCUUCUUCUUGCAAGACCUUCGCCACCGUCAGGUCGAGCCUUCCCUUCCUUCCGGAGAAGGUCAAGUUCUACGGAGAGCUGGAAGCUGCCGUCGAUGUUGUGGAGAGAGCUUGCCGCCUCUGCGUCGAUGUGAAGAAGUCGCUGCUGUCCGAUAAAGGCCGGAUUCUUGAAAAGAACGAUCAGACGCCUGUAACAAUCGCGGACUUUGGCGUGCAAGCGCUGAUCAGCUUGGAGCUGAAGAGACUUUUUCCAUCUAUACCAUUGGUGGCCGAAGAAGACUCCGGUUUCUUAAGAUCAAAUUCUGGAGAUCUGCAGAGAGUUCAUGGCCACGAUGGUAACUCCCUUGUGAACUUGGUGUUGACUGCAGUUGCUGAUAAAGCCACUGGUGCUGAUGAUCCUUUAACUUCUGAUGUUGUGUUGGAGGCUAUUGAUAGAGGGGGGAAGGAUGCAGUCUCUUUUGAUGCACAGCCUGCUACUUAUUGGGUGCUUGACCCCAUUGAUGGUACUCGGGGUUUCUUGAAGGGCAAUGAUGCACUAUAUGUGGUGGGCUUGGCUCUUGUUGUUGAUGGAAAAAUUGUACUAGGUGUGAUGGGCUGUCCGAACUGGAAAGUAGACAUUCUUUCAUCUGGGAUUCAUGAUAGGAAAACUGGUGACUGUGAAACAGGGAUAAUCAUGAUUGCUCAUGAAGGCUGUGGAACAUGGACAAGGAGAUUUUUUGAUGGCAUGGACAAAUUUUUAAGCAUGCAGGGUGGUUGGCAGCAAUGCUUUGUCGAUAGCUGCUAUAUGGUGCAUGAGGCACAUUUUUGUAUCCCUGAUAGUCAAACCUGGGAUUUAAUUCCCCUGUCAGCAUUUUUUAGUUCAACUGUUGAUGAUACCAAAGAUAGAGAUAGAGGAACGAUACUUCUAUUGCCAACUUGUUGUGGCAGCUUGUGCAAGUACCUUAUGGUGGCAUCUGGAAGAGCUUCUGUUUUCAUUCUGCGAGCCAGGGCUCAAACCAGUAUUAAGGUUUGGGAUCAUGCUGUAGGAGUUAUCUGCAUACAGGAAGCAGGAGGAAAAGUCACGGAUUGGAUUGGAACUGAGCUAGACCUUGCAGCUGAUGAAGCAGGCCGGAGAAUCAUAUACCCGUCAGGUGGUGUGCUUGUGACAAAUGGAAGAUUACACAACCAGCUACUGGAGAUGAUCUCAUCCAAUUUCCGUGUCAUUCGACAUGCAUAAAAUACAUUUUCCGUAACCUCUUAAUUUGGAAUUAUUGAUGAAAGGAAUGAUAUUUUUUCUCAGAGAUAUUGGAUGCCCCUUGGUAUUCCAUGUUUUUGGUUCUCACAUGGUGCAGUGUCUUUGAUUCUAAUCUGAGCAUUCUUCAAUUAUUAGCACCAACUAUUAGUUUGAGCUUAAGCCCUCAUUGACAUGGAAAUAAGAGACUAAACAGUUUUUUAUUUGAUGUUUAGGUACCUAAAAGAGUGUUUCAGAGGCAAUUUAUGAGCAAGAAACUUGCUUCAAGAGAAUUUGCACCAGUUUCCACUCACUGGGAGUAGUGAAUGAAGUAAAGAAUUGAUGGGCGCUAUGAAAUUUCAGAAGCUUGUCGAGUUGAGAAUCUAUAAGAUCAGAAGUCUAAUCAGGGAAGAAUGUAUCCGUGGACGCUAAACAUGACCCAUCAUAACAGUGAAGAGCCAAUCACAGGAAAACAUAUAUUGUUUCCCGCACCCACAGCAAACUUGGCAGCUUUUUUCCAAGAGGAGAGAAAGAAAGCAGUAUUCGCGUCCGCAGCUGGACGUAGAUGAGGAUUGCAAGAAAGGUAUGUAUGGAUGGAAGGCAUGGAGCGUGAUCAAGUGAGCUUCCUUGGGACGGUGGGCACGCACGCACUUGGUCGUGUGAAUCGGUGGCGAGGGCAGAUUCCAAGAGCGCACUGCCACGCAACAGCCUCCCGAGAGAAACCGUGAUCGACGAACAAGCUUGCAAGCUUGAGCUGUCAAUAUGGGGGUAGUCUGCAACCACAACACACACACACACUUACAGGAGAAGAAACGGAGAGAAAAAGUAGAGAUGGGGAGCGAAGGAAGCGCAUACUGUUGGAUGGAUCUGCUGCCGUCGCUUGCCAUGACGAAGCACAUUCUCUCGUAGCAGAGUGACUGUCACCUGUAAUUUGUGUAGCUACUUGUGGACUGCAUCACAAGCUUGACAAAUCAUGGAUUCUAAUACUAGCUCGUCGCACAAAGCUUCGGAUGGUACCCGCAUCGGUCAUUCGCCUUGUAAAUUUGCAGUUGGACAUCGAAGGUUGCCAUUGGCUCGGUGAGUUGCCUGAGGAUUUCAGUAAUGUGAAAAGCUGGCCAUCGGAAGGAUGUGCCUCCUUGA